CUCCUUCGUUCGUCCUCAGUGCAGGAUAACGAAGCAGCCUCGCCGGCUCCUCACGCCCAUCACAACCGAGUCCGUGGUUAUAACACCUCCGAUCAGCUGCUGCCAUCUUCGCCGCUACACAAGCGAUAAGCAGCCCCGAGACGAUUUGAUCCUUUUACUGAUCUCUGGACAAUCCUCAGGACCAUGGAUGUCAUUGUGCGUCGCUGUCCGUUCUUGGCCCGUGUGCCACAGGCCUUUCUCCAGCAGUCCAAGUCGUCUCUGGUGGUGUAUGCCCAGCGAUGCCCCAUCAUGAUGGAGCUGGCCUCAAAGCCUAUGGCUCCGGCGAUGGUACGGGCCCUCUGCUCAUCCUCCUCCAACCGCAGGUCUGAUGACACCACGUCUGCUGUUGAAGGCUCCAGCCGGCCUGCUGGUCACCCUAUGCCCCCCCAAGGCCAGGCCGUGGCCUCCAAAUGCCCUUUCCUGGCUGCUGAGAUGGGCCAGAAAAACAGCAGUGUGGUCCGCCAGGUGGGCAUGGAGUACCAAGAGGAUGUUCAGGAAGUCCGCACUGUCCAGAAAGAGGUUUCCACUUCCCAGCUGAAGAAGCCGUCCUUGGCCAGCAGCAUUCAGGGCAUGGGAGGGGAGCAGGCUGACAUAAUGAAGACCCUCUUGAAACAGAGACCUAAAAGAGUCUCCCACUUGCUGCAGGACAACUUGCCAGGAAGUCGGUCCCCCUUCCAUUACGAUGAAUUUUUCGAGAAGAAGAUUGAGGAGAAGAAGAGCGACCACACGUAUCGCGUGUUUAAGACCGUGAAUCGUCUGGCCAACGAGUUCCCCAUGGCCGACAACUUCACUGACUCUCUAGCGGAAAAGAGGGAGGUGUCUGUGUGGUGCAGCAACGACUACCUGGGCAUGAGUCGACACCCUCGGGUCGUGCAGUCGAUCAUGGACACUUUACGAAAACACGGGUCGGGGGCCGGAGGCACCAGGAACAUCUCUGGGACCAGUAAAUUCCAUGUGGAGCUGGAACAAGAACUGGCCGACCUCCACAAUAAGGACGCUGCACUGCUCUUCACCUCCUGCUUUGUGGCCAAUGACUCUACCCUCUUCACCCUCGCCAAGAUGUUGCCUGGUUGUGAGAUCUACUCCGAUGCAGGCAACCAUGCCUCAAUGAUCAUGGGAAUCAGGAACAGCGGUGCUAAGAAGUUUAUUUUCCGCCACAACGAUGUUGCCGAUCUGCGAAGGCUGCUGCAGAAGGGAGAUCCCUCCAAACCGAAGAUCGUGGCCUUUGAGACCGUCCACUCCAUGGAUGGCGCUGUGUGUUCGCUGGAGGAGAUGUGCGACGUGGCCCACGAGUUCGGUGCCAUCACGUUCGUAGACGAGGUUCACGCUGUGGGCCUGUACGGCCCCAGAGGCGGGGGCAUCGGAGACCGAGAUGGUGUCAUGCACAAGAUCGAUAUCGUAUCGGGGACACUAGGCAAGGCUUUCGGCUGUGUGGGCGGGUACAUCGCGAGUACCUCAUCCCUGGUUGACAUGGUGCGUUCAUUCGCCGCUGGUUUCAUCUUCACCACCUCUCUGCCGCCGAUGCUGUUAGCGGGAGCCCGGGAGUCCAUCCAGGUCCUCAAGGGGGAAGAGGGUCGCAGCCUGAGGCGCAAACACCAGCGCAACGUCAAGCUGCUCAGACAGAUGCUGAUGGACUCGGGGCUGCCUGUGGUGCACUGCCCCAGCCACAUCAUCCCCGUCCGGGUGUCAGACGCGGAGAAAAACAGCGAAGUGUGUGACAUCAUGAUGAGUCGUCACAACAUCUACGUGCAGGCCAUCAACUAUCCCACCGUGGCCAGGGGAGAGGAGCUCUUGCGUAUCGCACCAACACCUCACCACACUCCUGAGAUGAUGAAAUUCUUUGUUGAGAGGCUGGUGGACACAUGGAAGGAGGCGGGUCUGCCGCUGAAGCCCCACUCCUCAGCCGAGUGCACCUUCUGUCAGCAGCCGCUGCACUUUGAGGUGAUGAGCGAGCGGGAAAAGUCUUACUUCAACGGGCUCAGCCACCCCAUCUCAGCCUGUGGGUAACCAUGCUCACCACCGCUGAGUCGAGACGGCACAUAUACACACAUUACCCAUUCCUCUGUCACUUUCAUAGAAUGUAUUAAUUAUCUUUGGGAUGUCGUCCUACACAUAUUAUUUAAAAUGUUCUAUAUACCACAAAUAAAGCAUCAGAAAAA